UCUUGUCAGUGAUUGAAAUUUCGAAUUUUGGAACUACUCUUCAAAAUGUUCUUGUAUUUCCUAAUAUCCUGUUUCGUUCAUUUGUUCCUACUGAAAGCCGUUAUAGACUCCUACUUCAGAAGUAUCAUCGAACUAGAUUUGCCAUUAACGAAUUCGACAAGCAAGCCUGCAGCUAAGAGAGUUGUUCUGAUCGUAGUGGAUGGCCUGAAAGCAAGCGCCGUCUUCGAAAGAAUCGAUAGUUACACCCCAUUCCUCACAUAUUUAAGGAAAAAUAAGGCUUCUUGGGGAGUUUCCAGAGGAAAAGCUCCAACAGAAUCAAGAGUUGGACACGUAGCUAUCGUAGCCGGGUUCCGAGAAGAUCCAAGAGCCAUUGUGAGCAAUUUCCGUCAGUAUCCAGUGAGGUACGAUAGCGUUAUGGAACAAAGCAAUCACGCUUGGGUUUUUGCGGGUUCGGACCGUAUGGGAACUAUUUUCGGCAAAUAUGCCACGUCUAAUGUUGAAAUAUUUUCACCCCGACCUUAUACUUACACGGAAAAACCUAUUGGGGACGAAUUGACUCUAUCUACCUUCAGAAAAACCUUUAACGACUCCAAAAAGACAUACAAUUUAACCGGUUCCAAAAAUUUGAUUGUUGUUCUUCUCCCUGACAUGGAUGCUUAUGGUCAUCAUCACCCUGAAAACUACUCGAAGGCUUUGAUUGACGUGGACAAGAAGGUACAGGAAAUAUCGAAUAUAAUCGAAAAAACUUUCAAGGACGACUUGACCACUUUCUUAUUCACAUCUGAUCAUGGCAUGUUCAAACAAGGACACGGUUCUAACGUGGAGGAUUGUAUAUUAACGCCAUUCGUAGCAUGGGGUGCAGGAAUAGAAAUAAACACAGAACGUAAAGAUGUGUCCAAUAUCGAUAUAGCUCCCCUCAUUGCCGUUCUACUGGGUAUCCACUUUCCAACCAACUCAUAUGGCAAAUUGCCAGUAGCUUACCUCGAUGCAGAUAACACCACGAAACUUCAACUUAUCUCACAGAACUUGAUUCAAAUACUUAACAUUUUCAAGGCAAAAAGAGAACGUUUGUCCAAAAAUAUGUUGAUAGAAAGGAGUAUUUUGGAUAUUCAAGGAUUAGAAAAAACCCUGGCCAAAUUUCUGGAAGGGAACGUUCAAAGUUUUGAAGAAUCCUUCAAGAGAUGUGAACUUAUGUACAAUGAAAUUUUAGGAGCCAUCGAUAAAGUCCGAUUUUAUUUCGUUUGUGAUAUUUUAGCGCUUUCUUUGAUUUAUCUCUUCUUUUGGAUUUUAUAUUUGUUGUUAAGAUUAAUACCGAACAAUGUCAAAGAGAAGGAAAACCGUGUUCUUCCGGCUGUUUUGCUUGUAAGUUUCCACGCAUUUAUUCUAUUAAUGCAUUGCUUUUUUGAUAUAUUCCCUCUUUUAUGUGUUCUCCCUUUCGGCACAUUUUGUAUAUGCCUCACUAGCAUAAAAAAAAUCAACAGCAUAUCCAAAAAUAUCCUCGACUUUCCUCCUCAAUCUCAGAUGUGCGUAUUCUUUUUGUUCAUAUUAUCAAUCUUUCUUGCUUUAUAUUUACGUUCGCUGCUCUCUUAUACAGUUAUUUCGAUGGCUCCCAUAUUGUUUUUUGAAGGACAAAAUUUGAAAGAGGAUAAAUUCAGAAAUGUUUGGUUUGUCCUUUGUUUGAUUCUAUCAGGUUUCCCUCUUAUCACACCACACAUCGAAUGGAACAUGGAUGGGACGAAUUAUUAUAUAAUAGGUUCUUUCAUUUGGCAUUUCCUGAUAGGCUGUAUUUUUCGAAAUUUUUUCGAUUCCAGCGAAUCUUCAGUUUUGACGAAACUUCAGAUAAUAAUCAAUUCGAUCCAAUUAUUCUGCUCUUUCUCCAUGAGUUUUGUUAGUUUUUUCCAGAUCAAAGGUCAUGAAGAUUACGUUUUUUACAUUGGUUUCAUUCCAAUUAUUCUCAUUCCUUUUUCAAUGAAAAUGCCUGAUGUGAGGAUGGUAACAAUCUUCAUGGCUUUCGCAACCGUUUACAUGAUUGAAGCGAAACCGUUCGCCCUAAUAUUUCUCACCUUCUUCACGAUGUUCUUGCUCACUUGGAAAAUCGUGGAAACUCAACAUCUGAAGUCGCGAGGUUUUGUGAAUUUCAGAAAUUUCUGGAUUCUGAUAGGAGUGAGUAUGUUGGGUUUCUUAGGAAUAAUUAACUAUUGGAAGAUAAAUAUUCCUUUCACUGAACCAACCAUUCAGCUGGAUUUAAUUUACUCAUUCAAACUCUUCACGACAAUGAUCUUUACUGGUUGUAUAUUCAAUUAUAUCGUAUCUAGGACAGGAGUGGAUCAGAAUUUCUGUUUUACUUGUAUAGAAGUAUUUUUUAGCUCCAUGAUUUUUCAUUUUAUAUGUAUUAUUCAGAAUGAGGGCUCUUGGUCGGAGAUAGGGUUAAGUUUUGUAAGGUUCAAUAUCGUGAAUUUUUUUCCUCUCGCAACAAUGUUUUUUAGUUUUAUAUCAUAUUUUUUAAUGAAUAUAGGAUCUUCAGAUCUCUUUGGAAAAUUUUAUUUCAUACUGGACUGCCAUUGAUAUACUUAUGUAUUUUGAAUAAAGAUUAAGUUUUGUGUAAAAA